UCCGACCGGCCGCCCCGCCUGGGACCGGAGUACCAGGCGGGCAGGCAGGCGAACGGCCUUCCCGUGCCGAAUGGAUUUCCUAAACCCGACGAGCCGCCAGAGCUGAACCGCCAGAGCCCCAACCCGCGCAGGAAUAACGCGGUGCCCCCGAAUCUAGUGCCUUUGGUUAACGGGAACAUGCCCCCGGUGCACGCCGUCAACGGCAGACCGGGCCAGAUGGGGCUUCCCUCCGCGCUGGCGGCCGGCAGUCCCGCCGACCUGGGCAAGAGACCCGCCUCGGUCUCCAGCACCGAGCACGACAGAGAGGUGAAGGAGAAGCACAGACCGGACAGCCUCACGCCGGAGAUCUCGGAGAGCCACAAAAACAGGGCAGAUCCGGAGUGGAUGGGCAAAGGCAAGACGGUGAGGGACCUGAUGGCUCUGCACACUUUCGACAACAGGUUCAAGAAGGACCAUGCGGCCAUGCAACAAAGGGUUAUGGGCUACGAGGCCAGCGCCACUGCUUCCAAGUCAGACAGAGGCAAACACCCCCGGAGCAUGAAGAGAAAAGCGUCACCUGAACCAGAGGGAGAGGGGACAGCUGCCAAGCUCAAUGGAGACGCACAGCAGUGGUUACCACCACCUACCGACGGACUGAAAAUGCCUCCAGUUCCCCCGCCAAGCUUUGCCUCUCCCCCUUCCACAAUAUCCCCCCACUCCCGCACCACCCCACCUGAGGCAGCCCAGAACGGCCAGUCCCCCAUGGCGGCGCUCAUCAUGGCGGCAGAUAACGCUGGUGGGAACAGCUCUCCCAAGGAUGCCAACCAGGUCCACUCCACCACCAGGAGGAACAGCAGCAGCCCCCUGUCACCGUCCUCCAUGAAUCAGAGGCGGCUGGCACAGAGAGAGGCGUCUGGUGCAGGUACCCCCCAUGUGCCAGGCAUGGACCAAGUGCACCCCCAAAGCAUUCCGGACUCCUCGGUACCCGGCAGCAUACCCCUGUGCUGCACGCUGUGCCACGAGCGUUUGGAGGACACACACUUUGUUCAGUGCCCGUCUGUGCCCUCGCACAAGUUCUGCUUCCCCUGCUCGAGGGAAAGCAUAAAGCAGCAAGGUGCCACGGGUGAAGUGUACUGUCCAAGUGGAGAGAAAUGUCCCCUGGUUGGCUCGAACGUACCGUGGGCUUUCAUGCAAGGAGAAAUUGCCACCAUCCUUGCAGGAGAUGUCAAAGUAAAAAAGGAGAGAGACCCUUGAUUUUGUUUGAACACUUCUUUGGGGAGGGGAAGCAAAAAUAUGAGUAUAAAUAUAUAAAUAUCACAUACAUACCAUUCAAACAAACUAACGGACUUGUACAUAUUGGACCCAAGGGAAGAGUAUACUUCGUAAACAUGGUUGUAUAAUUUUUGAUUUUUGAAUACAUUGUGUUUCUAUAUUUUUGAAGAUAAAGGUAUGUACUCAUUAUAAUGAACUACGUUCCUCUUUGUUGAUGUUUAACAAAAUUCUUGAUGUACUUCUAGGUCUGGUGGCAGUUCCUGUUUAACGUAGAAUGUGACUAAUGCUACUCUACGAGCACUUGGCAAAACUAAAAUGCUUUUAGCUGUACUUGUAUGCACUUGUUUAAAAAUUGCCAAAUACAAUUUCUGAUCUUGUAUGAA